CGCGCGCGGUGCGGCCUUUCGGAACAGCAGGCGCGGCGGCGCACGGGGGUAGUCGAGCUGCGGCCGUCUAGCUGCUCCCAGCAUGCAGCGGAUCCCGGCUCUAGGCCUGGGCACCUGGCAGGCGGCUCCAGGGGAAGUGACAGAGGCAGUGAAACUGGCCAUCGACGCCGGAUAUCGGCACUUCGACUGCGCUUACUUAUACCACAAUGAGAGUGAGGUCGGAGCCGGGAUCCAGUGCAAGAUCAAGGAGGGUGUGGUGAAACGAGAGGACCUGUUUAUCGUCAGUAAGCUGUGGUGCACCAGCCAUAAGAAGUCCUUGGUGAAAGCAGCGUGCACCAAGAGUCUGAAGGCCUUGAAGCUGGAUUACUUGGACCUCUACCUCAUACACUGGCCCAUGGGUUUCAAGCCCGGGGAGGAAGACAUGCCCUUGGACCACAGCGGCAUGGUGAUACCCAGUGACACCGACUUCCUGGACACGUGGGAGGCCAUGGAGGACCUGGUGGUUACGGGGCUGGUGAAAGCCAUCGGGGUGUCAAACUUCAACCACGAACAGCUUGAGAGACUUCUGAAUAAACCCAACUUGAGAUUCAAGCCACUGACUAACCAGAUUGAGUGCCACCCGUAUCUUACCCAGAAGGAUCUGAUCCGUUUUUGCCAGUCCAGAGAUGUGUCCGUGACUGCAUACCGGCCCCUCGGUGGUUCCAGUGAGGGGGUGGGCCUGCUGGAUGACCCCGUGAUUCAGAGGGUGGCCCAGAAGUACAACAAGUCUCCAGCCCAGAUUUUGCUCCGAUUUCAGAUCCAGAGGAAUGUGAUAGUGAUCCCCAAAUCGGUCACCCCAAAGCGGAUUCUUGAGAAUAUCCAGGUGUUUGACUUCGAAUUAUCAGAACAGGAUAUGAAUGACAUCCUCGGCCUGGACAGGAACUUCCGAAUGUGCAGCUUACCCAUAGCUAAAAACCACAAGGACUAUCCUUUCAACAUAGACUACUGAGCAUGGCUCCCCCCUUCCUCCUCCUGCUGCCGGACAGAUGCCCCAGGUCUGACCCACCCCGCCUCUGCACGGGGCGGCCAGGGAGGGGAGGGACGGGGUUUGAUUUGGGUGGAUUCCUGCCUGGAACAGAAGCUGAGCUCCCUGAGAAAUUCACACGGUUCAGCCGGUCUCAGUGAUGUAGACAAACACCAUGGGAGUGGUGAUCACUCUCCAUGGAGAACCCUCAGUCCUAAGGAUCCUUUGAGCACAGUGUGAUGGGAUUUUUACAAGAUAAGCUAUGUGGCCUGUACUCUCGAAAUAAAGAUUGUA